UAUCAAAUUAGCCCCUUCUGUUUCAUUUUCCGUCCUCUGUUUCUUCUUCUUCCUCCCACCGUCAACUAUUGUCUUCUCCGUUCUCGCACCUUUCAGUCGCCGACGUAUUCUGUGGAAAAGCUACAAGCUUUGACGGGGAAGUAAUGAUGGGUUCGAGGGGAGUGAUCAGCGAUAAGUGGUCGAUGAGGAUUCUAUGGGGCUGUGCACUCGGAAGUGCGAUCGGUUUAUACAUGGUUGCUGUAGAGAGACAAACUCAGAACAGGGCACGUGCUUUGGCUGAAGGUAUGAGAGCUGCUGAGUCCCAAGGUGGUGGUGGUGAUGGUGAUGGUAGUGUCUGAAUCUACCCAAGUGCCAUCAGUUGAGUUUCUGUUUCUUUUAGAUGUAUGGUAACAUUCUGUUUGUUCCAAAGGAUGCAGUUUCUUGUUGGCAAAUAAGGUUUUGAAUACUUGGAAGUUGCUGAACAUACAGUUUGUUGUUAUCAAAAAGCAUCUUACCCUCUC